AUCACGUUCGCGCGAAGCGGCGGCGCGGGGGGUCAGAACGUGAACAAAGUCAACACGAAGGUGGACAUGCGCCUGAACUUGGACGCGAACAAAGACUGGCUCCACCCGUGGGUCUCGAGACGGUUGCGGAUCUUAGAGAAGAACCGAAUCAACAAGGACGGGGACUUCGUGAUGCAGUCGUCGCGGCACCGGACGCAGUCGAAAAACAUCGACGACGCGCUGGAGAAGAUGCAGUCGUGCCUGAACCGCGCGUCG